AACUCCUCUCAAUCUUCCUCUCUCCCACGCGCGCACAAGCUCACGGAGUUGCAAUGGACUCACUCACCGUCUCCACAUCCUUCACUCACCACUGCUCCGUCCCCACGCGCCGCCGCAGCCUCCUCCAAGUGCCACCACCCACCACCCUCUUCCUCCAGCCUUCUAAGCUCCCUGCACCUAACCUCCUACUCAAAUGCUCAUCUUUCACUUCCUUCCACAGCCACCAUCGAACCCUCAACUCCCCCAAUUCUCCGGAAUCCCUUGUGCUCCACCUCUCCGCUUCUAGUCCCCAGACGCCGGCCACCGCCAUGCGUGGUGCGGAGGCCGACGCAAUGGGGUUGUUGCUCAAGGAGAGGAUAGUUUUUUUGGGGAACAAUAUUGAUGACUUUGUUGCUGAUGCGAUUAUUAGUCAGCUGCUUUUGUUGGAUGCUCUGGAUUCGACUAAGGAUAUUCGGCUUUUUAUCAAUUCCCCUGGUGGGUCGCUCAGUGCUACCAUGGCAAUCUUUGAUGUUGUACGGCUUGUGAGGGCUGAUGUCUCCACAGUUGCAUUAGGCAUUUCAGCAUCAACAGCUUCCAUCAUCCUUGGUGGCGGCACUAAAGGAAAGCGCUUCGCGAUGCCCAACACACGAAUCAUGAUACACCAACCACUUGGCGGUGCUAGUGGACAAGCGAUAGAUGUGGAAAUUCAAGCACGGGAAGUCAUGCAUAACAAGAAGAAUGUCACACAAAUCAUAUCUGAGUUCAGUGGACGAUCAUUUGAGCAAGUCGAGAAAGAUAUUGAUAGAGAUCGUUACAUGUCCCCCAUCGAAGCAGUUGAAUAUGGUAUAAUAGAUGGAGUCAUUGAUAGAGAUAGCAUUAUCCCACUUGUGCCUGUGCCUGAAAGGGUUAAGGCCUCUACAUUCAAUUACGAGGAGAUAAGCAAAGACCCGAGGAAGUUUUUGACCCCAGAUAUCCCUGACGAUGAGAUAUAUUAGGCAGGCAAUUAUUACAGAACAUAUAGCAUGCACUUAUCCUCAUCUGACAUCAACAUGGAUUGAUAGUUCUGCAUCAGUAUAAUUACUUCUGACUAUUCUAUUUUGCUGCAAGAGGCUUCAAAUUCCAGUUGUGACGACAACAUCACUGAUAUUUUGAUCACGUCGUGUUCAAGAUUUUGUGAUCAUAAAUCUCCUCUACCAAUUGGAGGGCAUCAAGUGUGGCAAGGGGAUGUCAGCAUACAAUUCAUUAAUAUUUGUAUGCAGCAUAUACUAUGUAACAGCUAAGCAUUAAGCAUUUUUGGUUUCCAGAAAACCUAGUGCUCGGACUGAAUAUUAUAAAGAAGAUGAUGAAAUUCCUUUAUCAGUAAUUACUUUAGUUUACUCCAAUAAAUUUUAGUAAUUCUAAUGAAAAUGAUGUAUUAGAAGUUGUACUUGACCUAACUUGUGGAUCUGUUUUAGUUGAUUAUUGAUAUUGCCCAUGUACAGGAGAAUAAACAGACUAUUCUGUAUGCUUAUUGUCUAUGCUGUAAGAGGAUACUCCUAAACUGUUGAAUUCUGAUUUAAA